UUUAUAUCUUCACAUUGCUUUGAGUUUUUCUUUUCUAUAUUUUUAUUAUGUUUAUAUUCAUUAUUUGAAACUUUUAUGUCUCGUGCAUAGAUCGUAGGUUAAUACUAGUAAUAAUAACUUAGGAGUAUAGCAUUUAAUUGAAUAGUUGUAUCCUAUCUAUCUAUCAUAUGAUCAUAUCCACACAAUGGAGAAUACGAGUUGGGAGCAGAAGCUCCACGCGCUGACUCACAUCCUAACCAGCCAAACUCACGCGCCGCCGCUCCACUCGCAGCUAUUCAUCGCCACCCAAAUCCCCUGCUACCUCAACUGGAAUUACCCUCCCCUCCUCUGCCGGCGCUCCUCCUCAUGGCCGCCGCCGCUCAUGAGAUGGGCCUUGUCUCAGUUCAUCAAAAGGGGGCGAAGAUUAGGGUUGCCGGAGACCUCUUGGCGGUGCAAAUGCCCCUACCAACUGCCUCCGCCGCUGAUUUUGGCGAAAGGGGUGGCGGCCGGCGAGUGGGGAGAAGAGGAGAGGAGGACAUAUGUGAGGUCCAGAUUGAGACGGAGAAGGCUGGGGAACGAUGUUAAUCCAUUGAUUCCAAUUCUAGUUCCUAAUCUCUUGGUGCUUUCACUUUUGUUUUGGGCUCCCAUUUCUCUCCAAGAUAACUAAAUUCUUGGUGUUUUUAAUCCUUUUCUAUUUCAAGAUAUGUUAUGUACAAAUAAAAUAUAAGGAGUUAUGUACUUGGAAGAGUUA